AUAUAAGACAGAUGGGAGCACUGAGGACUAUCUUGGACCCUCAGCUGCUCUGUGGACUGUCUUUCGAUCAUCAUGCGUGAAAUUGUACAUCUGCAAAUUGGACAAUGUGGCAACCAGAUCGGCUCAAAGUUCUGGGAAGUAAUCAGUGAAGAACAUGGGAUCAAUGCAACUGGUAUCUAUGAAGGAGACAGCAAUCUCCAACUGGAGAGGGUCAACGUCUACUUUAAUGAGGCGCAUGGUGGUAAAUUUGUCCCAAGAGCACUGCUUGUGGACUUGGAGCCUGGCACUAUGGACAGUGUCAGAGGAAGUCGCAUUGGUGCUCUCUUUAGACCAGACAACUUCAUCCAUGGGAGCUCAGGAGCUGGAAACAACUGGGCAAAGGGCCACUACACCGAGGGUGCGGAGUUAGUGGAGCAGGUGAUGGACCGGGUGAGGAACGAGAGUGAAAGCUGCGAUUGCCUCCAAGGCUUUCAGCUGGUUCACUCGCUGGGGGGUGGCACAGGCUCCGGCAUGGGUACCCUACUCAUCAAUAAGAUCAGAGAGGACUACCCAGAUCGGAUCAUGACUACCUUUAGCAUCAUGCCUUCUCCUAAAGUCUCUGACACAGUGGUGGAGCCUUAUAAUGCCACGCUCUCCGUACAUCAGCUCUUGGAGAACACAGAUGAGACUUUCUGCAUUGACAACGAGGCUCUCUAUGACAUCUGUUUCCGUACCCUGAAAUUGACCACACCAACUUACGGGGAUCUCAACCACUUGGUCUCUAUGACCAUGAGUGGGGUCACAACCUCUCUUAGGUUUCCAGGACAACUUAAUGCUGACCUUAGGAAGCUGGCUGUCAACAUGGUGCCUUUCCCCCGUCUCCACUUCUUCAUGCCAGGCUUUGCCCCUCUGACACCAAGGGGUAGCCAGCAAUACAGAGCUCUCACUGUGCCUGAACUUACCCAGCAGAUGUUUGAUGCCCGAAACAUGAUGACGGCAUGCGACCCACGGCGGGGGCGCUACCUAACAGUGGCUGGUGUCUUCCGAGGCAGGAUGUCCACCAAAGAGGUGGAUGAGCAGAUGCUUGCAAUACAGCAAAAAAACAGUGCCUACUUUGUCGAAUGGAUCCCCCAUAAUGUAAAGGUGGCUGUGUGCGAUAUCCCUCCUCGAGGUCUAAAAAUGGCUUCUACAUUCAUCGGCAACAACACAGCCAUUCAGGAGAUAUUCCGCCGAGUGGGAGAGCAGUUCUCCCUGAUGUUUAGACGGAAGGCGUUCCUCCACUGGUACACAGGAGAGGGUAUGGAUGAGAUGGAGUUCACAGAGGCAGAGAGUAACCUUAAUGACCUGGUGUCAGAGUACCAGCAGUACCAAGAUGCAACUGCUGAUCUAGAUUGGGAACUAGAAGAUGAAGAAGAGGAAGGACCCUCAUCUGCAGGGACCACAAAGUUUCAGUCUCAGACUGAAACCAAACUGGAAACAGUGAUUGAAACCAUUAAAGAAACUGUAGAUGAGGAGUGUGGGUGACAAAUACAGCUUCACAACGAAGGACUCUUUGGGGAAAAGAAUUAAGACCUUGUAGCUCAUUUCUUUGUAAACUAAUUUUGAUAUUUGUAGGUUAAGCUGUUUAAUACUUUGGUUUGCUGAUGAAGAUUCUCAGUCAUUCAGGUCAGGUCAUCCCAAAAAAGGUUAAAAAAGCAA